CCUGUUUAUUUCUGUGGCACUUCCGAAUCUUAAGCUAACACGUUUAUACUAGCCAGCCGCUACAAAGUCCACCAAUCGAAACGAUAUAAUAAAUGUACACAAAAAUUUAGUGGUCAGAGAUUUAUAUGUUUUAUCAUUUGUGCUGAUAUCUGACAGCCAGUUAUUAAUUCUCGCUCCAUGCGCCGUGUCGGCUAAAAACAAAGCUGCUAAGAGUUUCAGUUAGCUUAGCUUGUGGUUAGCCUUCCAUGUGCGCGUGGCUGCUAACAAACAUGCUGGGGCAGUACGUUUUCUUUAUGCUCCUGUUUUACCCCAGCGCCCACAAGCUCGGUGAAGCGUGUGUUGCGGCUGCUGCAGCGGAGGCACAGGACCGAGGAGCUAGCAGCACGGACACCCUGAUCCUGUGCAGGGCUUGCGGACACGAGUUAGCACUCGGGACGGACAUCCGCUCCGUGCCUAGCCGGCUGGCGCUCUCCAGCCGCAACGACACACUGCUCGGGGGUCGGAGGGUUAACGUUCAGCUGUUUGAAAAUCCCCACGGACACCGGUUUGAGGUGAUCACGUUCAGAAAAGCCGAUGUUACUCAGCAUUGGCCGUCAGACAAGCGCUUCUCCUGGUUCCCGGGGUUCUCCUGGACCGUGGCCACCUGUCCCAGGUGUAACACUCACCUAGGUUGGGCCUUCCAGCCAAGUGACUGGCCUGACAGGAUAACAAAAAGCAAUUUCAAGGAAUCGGAGCACACCUUCUUGGCUUUAAUCACCCAUCGCCUACUAACAGAGGACUUUGCUUCAAGCCUGCUUAUGACUCCAAAAUCCUUCUCCAGCUGACAGACUUUACAAGUAGUUAACCCUGGUGCCUUUGCCACUACCUGAAUUAUAUUUUCUUAAAUUUGAAUGCACCCACACAUUUAUACACAGUAAGUUUUAUUAUUGUAACAAAGCAAGUUGUACACCUCAAAUUUAAAACAAUUUCUUCCCCCCCCCACCCCAAGCGAAAAAAGGAAAAGGGUGAUUAAAUGUAAAUUCUGAGAUAACAGGUCCAUUUUUUAAACCCAUGAAGCAGUGGGGGGCAAAAUUUACAAGCUUGUUUUUUUUCCAUUUUGUUCUUUAUUAAAAAUGUCAUUUCAAA